AUGACUCGGCCCUCGUUCUACCUUUACAGUCACGGGAUCUCCCCAAAUUUGCUCACUCUGGGCACGUCGGUGUAUGAAAACUAUGCCGAACCAGAGCUUCGAUCAGUGUCAUUUCCGAAAUUGAGUGAGUCGGACUUUGCUGAAUUGGUGAAACAAAAUCACAUCAUCUCACAACCAGUCAGCGGAUGCUUUGCGACGACAAAGGACCAGAAAUUUGGCCUAGGCAUCGAGGCACUGGACCUGGCAACAAUCGGGUAUGAGUAUGCGAGCAAAUGCAAGAGGCUUGUGGUUGCCAGAACCGGUCGUCGGGUGAUUCUUGGAAACAAUGACAGCAUAGAUACUUUCUUUGAGAAGGUCAUUCAGCAUGAAACCAUCCGCAAACGGCUUACCCGGUGGCUUUCUGUGGCGAAGAGUCAGUGGAUAUUUUAUGCAGCAACCUUCCAGAAGCCAAGGGUGUUUUGCGUGACAGGCUUUUAUGAGCUAGGAGACGGCCUGGCUAGGACCGACUGGGAGCAAACACAUUCGGCCACGCUUGGUAUUAGCUCUGCGAUCGUGGGGGCUACGGCUGGAGUGCCCAUCGGGGGAAAGAUCGGUCCGUUCAAGGAUGGGAGGUCAUUGACGGCCAAUCUCGUCCUGAAGGAGGAAAAUAUCUGGGUGGCGCGAUUCCACCAGCUCAAGGUGGAAUAUCUCCAGUUAGCGACAGGCGCCACGACAACACUCCCGUCAACAAUCAUGCUUUAUGAAGAUUGCACACAUCCUCGAGGAGGGUUGAUAAAUGAACCUCCCGUUGUUGAGGAAACGAGAGCAGUAGAGCUUGAGGAGGAGAUCAAAAUCGCAGACGGGGCUCGUAUUGGAGAGAGCCUUGAAGAUAUUGAAGAGAUCCCUGAUGUUUCCGUUCCAGGAAGUUCCUACUGGUGGGCGUUCGAUGUAGCUGAGUCACAUCUAAAGAGGGCGGAGGCGGAGGCGGAGGCGGAGGAGGAGGAGGAGGAGGAGGAAGAGGAGGAAGAGGAGGGAGAGGAGGGAGAGGAGGGAGAGGAGGGAGAGGAGGGAGAGGAGGGAGAGGAGGGAGAGGAGGGAGAGGAGGGAGAAGAGGGAGAAGAGGGAGAAGAGGGAGAAGAUGAGAAAGACGAUGAUGCCGACACCCACUAG